AAUUUCUCCUCCUCCUCCUAGGGUUUCUAUAUCCUUUAUCAUAUCUUCUCCGUGAAUAGACAAUGGCAGAGGCUAUGGAGACAGAGAUGGACUUCUCAGAUGGUGAACAACAAACCAAUGCUAAUAAUAAUAACAACAGAGCUUCUCUUGUUGCUCUUUAUGGGAACUCAUCCCUUGGAUUAGAGAAACAACAUCAUCAUGAACAGAUGCUGCUGCCUGGUUACAUCUUUAUGUGUAACGGAAGAACCAAACCUGAUUGUUUCCGUUACCGUGUUUUCGGGAUUCCGAGAGGUGGGAAAGCGGUUGUUGAGAGUAUCAGACCAGGGAUGAAGCUGUUUCUGUAUGAUUUUGAGAAGAGGCUUCUUUAUGGUGUGUAUGAAGCUACUGUUGGUGGGAGGUUGGAUAUUGAACCUGAUGCUUUUGAAAGGAAGUAUCCUGCUCAGGUUGGGUUUAGGAUUGUUGAGAAUUGUUAUCCUUUGCCUGAAACUACUUUCAAGAGUGCUAUCUAUGAGAAUUAUAAAGGAGGCAAGUUUAAGCAAGAACUUGCUCCUCACCAAGUUGGGUCUUUGUUAUCAUUGUUUCGUUCAUUUGCAUCUCCACAACUCGAUGCAUUACCUCAUAGAUUUGCUUCUAGAGCCUCAGCAUCAAGGGAGCUAUCUUUUGAGGAACGGUUCAUUGCUGCUACACAACUUAAAAAAGCUUCGUCAGUUUUAGAUCCUCUGUCUGCCCGCUCACAUCAUCUGCUUCAACAUAGUUACUCCAGACAAGAUGGCUACACAACCCCAGCGAGAGAAACACCUAGUCACUCAAAUUUGGAACUGUCUUAUCUUCCUGCUGAAAGUCGGCAACAACGGUUGUUAGGAGACCCUUCACGCUCAUCUAUACAAGACCCUCAGCUCAAAUACCUAACCAUUUUAUCUAAUAUCCGGAGAUAUGGAUCUGCUCCAGAGCCCUUGCCCUCAGAAAAUGAAUAUCAUCCGGCAACACCAUCAGAGAAGGAUCAAUUUGCUUCUCCUUAUUCUGAUAAGAAGUAUUACCUUUCGACAUUACCUGGCAAUGAGCAUUCCUCUGCAUCUGCAGCUAACGGGGGUGUAUAUAGAGGUGAGCUCUAUACUCCAGCAUCACAAAAGGAAGGGGAAGCUAGCCAGCAGCAUGAGAUCCUUGCUGGGACCUAUUAUCACCCAGAAGCAUCUACCGUGUCCAUGCAGGCAGCUAAUGUUGCUCAAUCUCAUAAUGCGACAGCUGGCUAUCCUACACAGGCACAUGGUGAAUCCCCACAAGUAGCUGCUGGAGCAACUGAUUACGCAUACCAACCUCAAACCAGUCAUUUACAGCUUGGGAGUGGGGGAGAAAGUGCAGCAGAAUCAUAUGCUGGAGCAGUUAGUUAUCCACCACAGCAACAUUAUGCAGUUACGGGGCAAACGACUCAGCUCUAUGCUGGUGGACCUGGAUAUACUCAGCAACCCCAUGAAACUGCGUACGCUCCGCAAACCUAUUCUGCAGCAACUGGGUACGCUCAGCAAAACCACGCUGCAUCAACUGGAUACGCUCAGCAACCCCAAGAUGCAGCAACUGGAUACGCUCAGCAACCCCAAGAUGCAGCAGCUCUGUACGCUCAGCAACUCCAUGAAGCAGCAGCUGGAUACGCUCAGCAGACCCUAGAUGCAGCAGCUGGGUACGCUCAGCAACCAUAUGGUCAAGCUCCUGGAUACACAACACAACCACAUACUCAAGCUCCUGGAUACACAACGCAGUAUGGUGCUCAAGCUGUUGGAUACACGCCUCAAUACACAACGCAACAACAUGCUUAUCCUGGUGGAUAUGCGCCUCAAUAUAGUGCUCAAGCUGGUGCAUAUAGUCAACAAGCUGUGACGCAAGGUUCUAUUCCAGGGGCUCAGACGACAACUGAUUGGAAUGCUGCAAGCAGGGCAUAUUCUGCAACAGGAGACUGGAAUGCGGUGAAUCAGUCUUAUUACCAUCACACAGCGGAUACAACCACAACUUAUAAUCAAACAUCUUAAAACUGAGCACUCUCGCGUACGUACUAAAACAUGGUUUUGAUUCAGGAUCUGGAAAACUUGUGAGCGUGGUGGAGAAACAAGGAAGCAAGCUGGUGCAUACACUGGAAAAAAAAAGGACAAAGAUAUAAAAGGUAGAGUCUCCAGCUCGUUUCCUCUAUGUUAGCAAAAAAAAGCUAUAGUAUAAGGUUUUUAUUUUCUUCUAAGUAUGUCAAAAUUCCUCUAAAACAUCAAAACUUUCUUCAGAUCCCUAAUCAGAAGUGCAAUUUGAAAGGCAACUCUGAUUGGGAUAUGAACUUAAUAAACCAUAUUAGAACUCUUUUAUUACAAGCUUUUCCUAAAACACUUGUUUAAGUAUAUGUUUAAUACUUGGGAU